GACAUUGGCUGGCUGAAUUUCAGUUGUAUAUAAAUUGCGACUGGUAUAACAACUCAUUAUAUUGAUCAAUAUUACCAAGUGAAAACGGAGCGAACGAAAGUAGGCCUACAGGUCUGGGUACUGUUGAAGUGUAACUAAAUUAGAUUAUUGUGAAAUAUAGCUUUGGAUAUUUUACAAGACGAGGGAGGAUUGUUCGUGGGAAUAUGGCAGAUGUGGCAGACGGUAUCAAGGAGAGAAAGUACUAUUUUGACGAAAAUUCGGAAUUCGGUACAGAUUACACCGGAUACAAACUUUCCUCUCUGCUGAGUCAACUCCAGCCCCAUUAUGACGUCAUCGUGAUCGGAUCCGGAUAUGGAGGGUCCAUUGCAGCUAGCCGUUGCGCCCGAGCGGGCAAGACUGUUUGCGUCUUGGAGAGGGGCAAAGAAUGGUGGCCAGGGGACUUUCCCGAAACACUGGUGGAAGCAGCGAAAAAUACCCAAAUUACUCAGAAAGAUAGUGGGAUAUUAGAAACUGGUAAACCGACUGAUCUAUACGAUAUCAUCAUGGGACCAGAGGUGACCGUCGUUCAGGGAUGUGGCCUUGGUGGGACAUCACUCAUCAACGCCAACGUCGGCCUGGAUGCCGACCCUGAAGUCUUUGAAGACAAGGCCUGGCCGCAAAAGCUGCGCCAUGACGUCCUCAACCUAAACGGCGCCGAUCGUGAUCACGUGGUAUCGAUGCUUCGACCAAUGAAAUACCCUGAUAGCCACCCGUCACUCCCAAAGGAAGCAGCUAUGAAGAAGAUCGCAGAGGGACUGCUCACUGACAUCGAAGACUUGGCAACCAAUGAAAUCUACAAGAAGCUACCGCUCUAUGUGAAUUUCAAGAAGACGAAGAAAAACCACAUCGGGUUACCGCAACCUGCUUGUGUCGGUUGCGGCAACUGUUGCAGCGGCUGUAACACUGGUGCCAAGAACACACUCAACAUGAACUACCUACCCGAUGCAAAGGCCCAUGGCGCUUACAUGUUUACAGAGGUUCAAGUACAGUCCAUCAGAAGAGACGAAUCAUCUGGAAGAUGGCUUGUGUACUAUGUGCCUCUUGGUCAAGAUGACUUUAACGAAGAGGAACGUACAGUAUCCGCAGGGACAGUCAUCCUUGGAGCAGGAUCUCUUGGUUCUACCAACAUUCUGCUCCAGUCAGCCUUCUAUGGUUUGUCCCUCUCACCUAGACUUGGUGAAGGUUUCACCACAAACGGGGACGCCCUCAACUUCAGCUACAACGGCACCGAGAAGAUCCGCCCGGUCGGAAUAGCCUUAGAAGACAUGGCAAAGAAGCCAAAUAAAGGGCCUGGACCUUGCAUCACCGGAUUCUUGGACAUGCGUAGACAUCUGAACGGCAUGCCUCUCGAGGAUGGCUUCGUCCUUCAGGACGGCACACCUCCGUCUCUUCUGGAACUACCCUACAAGGUGCUCAUGAAGACCUCGAUAGGGGAAGACAUGUCACCUUGUGAGAAUGAACUCACAGAGUUCCUUCACUCCAUUACCGGUACUGCUUUCAAGAACACUCUCGCGUUCCUUUCCAUGAGCCAUGACUCGAGCACAGGCCGGAUGCGCCAUGACCCAGCCAAUGGCCGGGUCUGGAUAGACUUCCCUAAGAUAGGUGAGGAACGAAAUUUCCAGAAGAUCUAUGAUGCAGCAAGAUCGGCAACAAGAGUUCUCAAAGGAGAGGUCAUAGCGAAUCCUACUUGGGGUGGUGUUAUUCCGAAGCUCAAAGGCACCAAAGGUGUCGUGACCGUACACCCUCUUGGCGGAUGCUGCAUGGCAGAAUCCGGAAAAGAAGGUGUGGUUGACCAUUCUGGACACGUCUUUAAAGGAGAUUCAGCUGAAACCUAUCCCGGUCUUCUCGUCGUAGAUGGCGCUGUCAUGCCUCGAAGUCUUGGUGUAAAUCCCACACUGACAAUUAGUAUGGUUGCAGAGAGAUGCAUGCGUCUCCUUUCUGAGAGUAAUGGCUGGACAAUCAACUACAAAUUCGGUAAACCUCUAGAGAAGAAACCGAAGAGCGAGUGUAAACCUGGAUUGAAGUUCACUGAACGCAUGGCCGGCCACUUGACCGUUGAUCAUUUCCCGUAUCCUGCUGAAUUCACUCUGACUAUUGAGAGUCACGACAUCGAGCACAUGCUCGAAAUGGAUCCCGAACACAAGGCAGCUAUCCACGGGACAGUCACGUGUAAGGCAUUACACGAUAAACCCUUGACAGUCUCGAACGGAGUAUUCCACUUAUUCCGGAAGAGCGAUGAACAUGUCGAGACCAAGGAAAUGACAUAUGACAUGAAUUUACAUGGCGGAGACAAGUUCUAUGUCUUCAAAGGUGUCAAGACCGUGCACAAAGACUCUGCGGUGGAAAUAGGUAUGAGCGAUACGACGACACUUGCGAUCAAGGUCUCGGAAGGAUCCAAACCAGGCGGGAAGGAGAUCGGUGAGGGAAAACUAGAGAUGAAGUUCUCGGAUUUCAUCAAGCAAUUGUCCACGUUGGAGGUGACCUGUUGCUGCAAGAAGAGGUUGAGGAUGAAAUGGAAAGCGAAGUUCGGAAGUUUCUUCACAGGCAUUUUAGUGGAUUCCUAUGGCGUUUUUGAUCCUGACGGUUUGAGCUCUCCAUUCAGUCCCGAUUCCGAGCCACGGAAGCGAAGGCCAUUGAAUUUGAACGGGAUUACUCCCGAAGUACAUCAUUUCCUGGCUACCGACGGCACGCCACUCGUAUUUACUAGAUACAAAGGUGGGGAUAAAGGACCUAUUCUGUUGUUACACGGACUUGGCGUCACACAUCGUAUCUUUGCUCUUGACACGGUAGAAGUCAGUCUCGUCGAGUUCUUGGUGAAGCAUGGCUUUGAUGUCUGGGGCCUUGAGAUGCGCUUCUCAAUAGCCCUUCAGGCUCACAAGAAGGGGAGCUUCAUCAGUGAUCCUGCAGAUAAAGACAUUCCCCCAGCUGUAGACUUUAUGAUGAAGGUCACUGGGGCACCCAAUAUUCAAGUCUUCGCUCACUGCGCUGGAUCGGCUACAAUGCAUGCCUCUCUUCUUGGUGGACACCUGACUGGGAAAAUCCGCAGUAUGGUUAUUUCCCAAGUCGGCUUCCGCUUCAUCGUCAGCAGGUUCAAUAAGCUCAAGGCGAACGCACGCCUUCCGAAGUUUCUCCAAUGCAUAGGAGUGAAGGGCAUGAGCGCUUACUCUGACAUAGAGGAUGCCUGGCAUCGGAAGUUCAUGAACCGAGUCUUUGAUGGCAUCUCAAAUAUCACGUCUGAGAGUCGAGAGCAAUGUGAUAGCGAUGUCUGUCAUCGGAUAACGUUCAUUUACAGUCUCCUCUGGAUUCAUCACAAUAUGAACCCAUCAACGCACGACACUCUGCACGAAUGGAAUGGCUACGUCCACUCUGAUAUCUUCAAGCACUUUGCUCACUGUACCCGCCAAGGGUUCCUCGACAGAAUUGAAGACGAUGCAGAGCCGUACCUUCCCGAUUUCCACUGUCCAGAUAGGCUGAACUCCGAAGCAUACCGAAAGCAGAUGAAGCACCUGGACAUUCCCACCGUGUACUUCAGCGGACAGGACAACCAUUGUUGGGAUCCAGAGACCACGAAGCAGAGCUACGAACGGUGCAAGGAAGCGAACCCAGAUCAGGACUAUGAGUGGUUCAUGGUCCCUGACUAUGGACAUCUCGACUGCAUCGUCGGGAAAGAUGCAUCUGACGAUGUCUUCCCAAGAUUCUUGCCAUUCCUUGAAAAGUAUGCAAAGCCGUUAAAAAAAUCCUGAAUUCUCUCUCCAUACUUUCCUUGCUAUGGUUGUUGACAGGCAUAGCAUAAAUCGUUUGCGGUUUCACAUACUUCUAUGCGACAAACAUUAUUGUCUUUGUUGUUGACGUCGGUGAUGUUGUUAAUGCCGUUGCUAUUAUUGCGUAAAGGAAUGUGAAUCCUCAAUAAAAAUUCAGUACUGAUUGUUCAUUUUAUUAAUCUUUGGAAACUCACAACUCAUCCGAUAUAGUUGGAGGAAUAACGUGAUAAGACAUUUUUCUCAUACAAAGUAGAAAUAAUAAAACCAUACAUGUACCAUUGUAUGUAUAUAUUAUUUUUGCUGAAAUGUGUGUGUCCUGAAAAUAUACUGGAGUUAACCUCCUCAUUACCGUGAUCUGCAUUAUAGAAUAGCUCUUCAAUAGCUAUCCUGUUGCAAAAUACCGACUGUUAUACCAUUUAUAAAUCAUGUUAAUCGAAGGUCCUAAAUUACGUGAUUACGUCACGAUCCGUACCUGUCAAAUGGAGCAAAAUUUGUGUAUGGUGAGACGAAUUGGCGUUUCACUAAUUUUGCAUAACAUCUGAUAAAGUUGACAUUUUGGGAUGUUGAUUGAUCUUUUCGAAAAUUAUAACACACAUUUUUAAGGGCAAAGUAAAGUGUCAAAUUUUUUUAAAUAUGAGCAAUCUAAAUCAUGCAGUGACGGGAAAAACUUUGGGCCAAAACUGAUUGUUUCAGCACUUGGCAUUCUAGAUGCGAGUGAAACCAUGGCACGAAAAAAACAAAAUGAAAUAAUUGAUGAAAUUAAUUGUUUAUGUAUUCUAAGUAUAUUUCUUAUUGUCUUCUGUCAUCCUAAUGAAAAUAACCUUUACCGUUUAUUGACUACUAUACAUCAGCCGACCACCAGGCUCGUAUCCUUCAUGCCGGUUAUUUACAUGUAAAUUAAAUUUGUAAAUUAUAUUCUUCGUGUUAAUUUGAUUAUACUGUUUUGCUAAAUGUGCAUUUAUUUAACAAUAAUUAUAAUGAUGGAGCGUUUGUAUCCGUUCUGGUGAGUGCCCAAGGCGCCAAUUGUUGUUUGUGUCGAUGUGUCAACGUAUGUUCGAAGUAAUGUUAUAGAUCAUCAGUAAAUGUUGUGGCAUAGUAUUAAAUAUAUUUAUGAUGAUAUAUGUGUUUAAUAAUCUCCUUCUUCCUCCGCCGUGGUCGGAGAUCAUCACCAAUAUGCUGGAGGGCAUAUUCAAGUUCCAAUAUGCACCUUGUUAUGGCCUAUAUGUUUCCCACAUAGUUAUUGGCAUCAGUGAUGUUGUGUACUUAGGUUCAAGUGUGCUGUUAUCGGUAGUGUCACCGUCGGUGGCGCUGUAAUUGAUAUAAUCGUUGUGUAUUUUGCUCUUAUUAUAGGUGUUUGUUAUUUUU